AUGGUCAUUCCAACAAUUGUUGUCUCCUACGUGUUUUCUUUCUUCUGGAGUUGUCUUUUCGAGAUACCCAUAGUAAAGCUGGAAAAAAUGCUCACUGAUGGAUUACUUCCGAAAAAACCUGUUGACAAACCUAAACCUAGUGCUAACGGCAAUGCUGAGCUAGAAAAAGGUGUAACAACCGUUGUAAAAGAAGAUGCGGACGGAGGAGCAACUGGUAAUAACGAGGGAGCCGCAUCAAAAACUGGAGAAACGCCUAUCUUGGAAGCAGUGCAAGCAAAGCAAGAAGUGUAA